UUUGUAUCGAGCCAACAACAGCAUGAAGGCAGAUGCAACCCUCGGGAUCCCGCCGCCAUUCCCGUUCUGCGAAGAAUGGGAUAAGCUACCCCAACAAUCUACGCGCUGGCUGACUCCCUCCUUUCCCAUUGAUCUGGCACAUCAGUAUCCUCCUGCUCCUCAUAUUCCAGCUGCAGUACCUCCUGUGCUUCAACAACCCUCACAAAGGUUCCCAAGUCACGACGACCCAAACACCGAAUUUGCGACGACUCCCAGCGAUGGUGGCUACGAAAGCAGCGAAUAUGAGUAUGGGUUUGAACUUACAGACGAGUGGGCUGCUCAUUUCGCAAGGAAAAGGCUGGAGCGAUCGAAACGCCACACCACAAAAGCACCGUCAAAGCGCCCGAAGGUCAAGAAGCCGAUUCCAAUAACGUCGACAGAAACCAACAACCCGCUGACAUAUGAAGUGACUGUGGGCCAAUUGAACGGAAAGGUGUUGACCCUUCCCAGUGCUCGCGUUGAUGCGUUGGAGCGGCGACUGGAACACACAUUCCUGAACGACUUUAGCAACCCCGUGACCGUGUGCUUGUUCAAUGCGUAGAUUACACCACCACACGGUUAAGCUACCACAUUUCCAAACGAACCUCGUUUAGUAGUCUUGCAUGACACUUCGUACUUGCGCUGACGGAACUGCAGUACUAUCAAUCUACCCUACGC